UCACCAAGUCAUAGAAGUCUUGCAAAAAAAUAUGGUAUCCCAGAAACCACUUUCAAAUGUACCAUUAAAAAUAGUGGCCCUCUUGAUCAUUUAGGCUCAGCCAAAGUUUUAACUGAUCAUAAAGAGCAACAACUUGUUGGUUAUUGUCUAAAUAUGCAGAGGCUUGGGUUCGGAUUGGCAAGGUUAGGGGUGAACCAAUAUGUAAUGGAUAUUGUUCAUCAAAGUAACAGAUCCCACCCCUUUAAAGAAAGUGGACCAGGUCAAUCAUGGUGGGAACAAUUCAUGAAAAACCACCUAGAGCUUUCAUUUCAUAUCCCACAAGCUUUGAACAAAGCAUGA